ACGAAUGCAACCAAAUCGAACCGAUCACCGAUUACCGAUCACCGCUCACCCUCGAUCAACCUCACACACACAUAUCAUCCAACGAAUGCGAACAUUUUCGGCCAGGUGUCGACAGACCGACAACUAGCCAUACGAUGAAAUUCCCUUAACGGGGUAAACAAUCGGGCCGGCAAGCUUUUGGCCUUACUUGAUAACAAAUACGCGCUGCGAAACACUUUUUUCCACGGCGCUCCCUUGAGUCAUUUCCCAGCGAUACACACACCCAGUCGGGCCCAAUAAAACACCAUGGAUCCCGUCUAUCCAGCUGCACCCUUGGUGGCUCCCAAGGGAUCCGCCGAGCUGCAGCCGGCAGCCGAGCAACAGCACCUUCUGCCACCGGCACCGCCCAGUUACGACCAGGCCACCACCAUUCCGGCUGAAACCACGGGACCGGGACCAACUCCAACUUCAGCUCCAGCGAACAGCUCCACCACCCAGCACACGGUGGUCGUGGUGCCCGCUUCACCCUACGGCCCGGAGCCAUUGGACGUGCAGUGCCCGUACUGCCACAAUUACGCCCGGACACGGGUCUCCUUCAAGCCCAACUCGCGCACCCAUCUGAUAGCCUUGAUUUUGUGCCUGUUGCAGUUGUACUGCUGCGUGUGCCUGCCGUAUUGCAUUUCCAGUUGCAUGAACACCAAUCACUACUGUGGCAUGUGCGAUCGUUAUUUGGGCACCUACGAUCGCAAAUGAGCAACCAAGAAGUUUUUUUUUUUGGGUGCGACCUGUGCAUGUGUACACAUACAUUUUCUUCAAGUAAUUAGUUAAUAAAUGGACUGCAGCACGCAAACCGAACUAAA